UUUAUCAUAUUUAUAAUUAUUAAAUAUCUAUUAUUUAAUUUAUUCGUUUUAAUUAUUUGAUAUGUGUUAGCUUCCAACAUGGAAGAAUUAAUGGAAUUGUACGAAAUUGACAUCAGGAAUAUUUUAGAAGGUCAAGUUGAAGCUGAAAAAGCUCUAUCCGAAAAAUUGUUUUUAGCAAGUUCGAAAAUUAAUUCCAAUAUUGCGGAAAAAUAUGAAAAACAUUUCAAUUUAGAAAAAGAAUUUAUGAAACGCAGCAGUGAAUUUAAACACGUCAUACCUGAAUUAAAUAAUCAAAUUUUAAAUGCCGAAAAAAAUAGUGAUACAAAGACUUUGAAUAAUAAACGUUUAGAUAAUGAGAUGUCGAAGACUGUUGAUUGUCGAGAUUUGCUCAAAGCAAGAAUAGAAGAAAGCAAAAAUGAAAGAGAAUCUCUCGCUCUUCAAGUGAUUGAAAAAGAGAAAGAAUUGGAAGAAAAGAAAGAGGAAAAGAAAGCGGAUUUUGAUUCAUUGAAAAGGGCCUGUUUUAUUUAUAAGGAAAAAUUAAAUAUGCGAAUAAGGGGAGAAUUUGAACGUAACAAUGAAGAAAUAAUUGUGACAUUUUUUUAUAAAAAAUACAAUGAUAAAUACUGCGUUCAUCUUUCGCGUAACGAUUCAAUUUGGAGAGUGAAUAAAAUUGAACCUGAAUUAAAGGUUGAACAUCAAAAGGAACUGAAUGAAAUUGUCAAUUUCGCCGCUGACUCAAAAGUGAACAACAUCACUGUCUUCUUAUGUAAAAUGAGAAAAAUAUUUUUCAAACAUUAUUGUAAGUAGCAAAAAUUCUCUGAGAUUAACUAUUUUUUUCUUCUUCAUCUUCUUUGCAUUGUCAAAGUGUGUUCAUUGAAUAAUUAACUGUAUGUAUCUACUUUACGUGAAAAGGGCCAAUCUAUUAUGUAUGCACAACGUACGUUGAUAACAAUUCGUCCCUAUUGGCACGAGUUAAUAAAAGGUCAAUUAAUCGCCCACUCUCAAUCAUUCUAUUGCAAACGCUAACGUAACUCAACAGAUUUCAUUCACUUUUUAUUGACCUGGUCGUUUGUCUUCUCUCGAUCGUCUUCAAUUUAAUUACUCUAAUAUCGAAAUUCUCUUAAACGGAAAUUUUAUUUAUUCAAAUCUUUAUUUUUCAUUCUGAUAUUUCAAAUUGAGUUUUUAUAAUAUUAUACUAAAGCUGAUGCUGAAAAUAAUGCCAAUAUUGGAUAAAGAAAAAAAAUAUUUCUAAUGCAUUACAUUUUAUUAUUAUUAAAUUAUAAAUAUAUUUUUGUCUAUAAAAUGAUACACAAAAAAAUCGUCUCUCACAUCGUUGAAUAAAUAAAAAAACAAUGUUGAUAAUCGACAAUUACGCAAGCGGAAAUUUCUUUUAUAUAUUUCAAAUAUAAUAUUAAUAUUCAAAAUUUGAAAAGUAAUUAAUUAAUAAUAUAUAUAAUAAAUUUUAUUUUGUAACGAUUUCUAUUUUUUCGUCCAACUGUUGAAUAUUAUACAUACAUAAUAAAUAAAUUAUAUAAACAAAAAUAUGAAAUACAUAUUUGGUAUUAUUUAAGUAUAGUGAAGAUACAGUUGAGUAUUAAAAAUAUGGCUUUAUUGUUAAAUUAAUAAUAUAAUAAAUUUACAUUAAAAUGUACAUAUUUCAUCAUUCCUAGAAACGUGAAUUUUGCAAACUUUAUUAUUUUCCCUCACACUGCACAAUUUUAGCCUUCAACUGUAAAAUGACAAAAAUAUCCUUCUACGUACCCAUCGGCUAUUUUCUAAAGCCGUCAAAUUUUACUCUAAGAAGUAGAUCAUAAAUUAAAAAAAAAAAAAAAAGAAAAGAAAA